AUGGGAAGUAACAAGACCUCAGAAGGUUGGAACAAAGCAGCCGAAGUGUACAGCAACGUCUUUUCCAGAGUCACGAAUGCUAUCGCUCGAGAUUUCAUUGAUCUAACGCAUAAGAUCAAGCCUAUCGACGAACCCGACAGCUACGUUCUCGACAAUGGUGCCGGAACAGGGGCCGUCACGAUCAAUCUUGCAACACGCCUCACCAGUACUCCAGUCUUAGCCACCGACAUCUCCGAUUCGAUGAUGUCCAAGAUUCGUGAUCAGAACUUGCCAAAUGUGCAAAUACGUGUAGUCGACGCCCUCAGAUUGGAUAAGACUCUUCAGGAUGAUACACGACGAAGUGAAAAAGGCGGCUUCAGUCAUGCGUUUGCUAUGUUUGUGCUACAAUUCGUGCCUAACGAUGCUACAGACACAUUCAUCAACCAGAUGAUAUCGGUUGUGCAAUCUGGUGGCACAGUGGGGCUAGGUAUCUGGGGUGACAAGAUUGACAACAUAGACUUGGUCAAUCAAGUAUUUCUGGAGAUUGACCCGAACUACAAAGUCAGAAGUGUAUGGACAGCAGACGAAUUUCCACGUACGGAGCCUGAGAUCAAGCGGAAAGUGGAAAGCAUGGGAUUGAAGAACGUGCAGACUAUCGAUCGACAUGAUACUGCUGGAUUCGAGACAACGGAACAACUGGCUGUCUACAUGUUUGAAGGUAAGAAUCCUGCUGUUGAGAAGCUCUACGACUAUUGGCGAGAGGCACACCCUGAAAUAGGAAUCGAUUUGGUAAGAGAGAAGUUCACUGAGACUGUUGGUAAAGAGCUGGAGAAGGACAAAGACUUUCUGAGAAAGAUUGGAUUGCAGUCGAUAUCUGUGGUUGGUGUGAAGCCUUGA